GAUGUCAAAUCUUGACAAAAUUUGUGGACUGCAAAUUAUGAAGAUAACCAUUUGCGCUAGUCUCUUUCUUGGCAUUCAAUGACGAUCAUGUCAUUGUCAAAGCAGGCAGAUGGAGAUAGUUGUACCGGCAUCGACGAAGAGGUCUCAUCUUCCACAAACUAGACCCUCGAUCGUACCUUGGGAAUCACCCUUGAUCUCACAUUCUCGUCACUCUUUGAACACCUAUUAUUCACCACGGUCGACCUAGAGACCACUGCUGCGUGUCCACGCAAUCCCGAACCCUGAAUACCCUCGACAUCUUCUACGAUCCUACAACUACUGGCACCAUGAAAACAGUUAUCGCAACCUUGUUUUCAUUACCCUUCCUACUUGCACAGCUCGCGGCCGCGGUAUCAAUAGACUGCGACCACAUCCGAGUAGACAACAAGAAGUUCGACAUAUCGAAGCUCGCGGGCCCGCAUUCGGUAAUAGUUCACGAUACGUCGAGGCCGCCCGCGGAAUACAAUACAACGUGGUCGCUCAAUCUUUGUGCACCGCUCAAGAAGGCCGAUGGAAUCCCCGACGCGGACCAAUGUCCGUCUGGAACGAGAGUCUGCGGCGUAGUUCGAUCGUGGAACCCAGCGGAUGACCCGGAGCAGGAACAUGUCGAAGUCGAGAAUGUGAUACCCGUUGCCGGCAACUUCGACGCAUCGACAGGCACAAGUCUCGACCCACAAGUAUCAAGACUCAAAGCGCAGGACUCGAACGCGGAUGGUCUCCAGAUCGAGUUGAACGGCGGUUAUUACAAUAAGAAGAAGCAGCGCGCUAUCAUCCAGCUGCAAUGCGACAAGGAGAGGACCGGUAAUGAUGACGAAGAGCGCAGGAGGAAGAGGGACGACGAAAAGGACGAAGACAAGAAUGAAACCACACCGGCCGACUCGAGCCUCACGUUCGUCAGCUACGGUCCUGUGGACGGGAAAGAGGCGAUCGAAGUGGUGCGCUUUAACUGGCGCACGAAAUAUGCCUGCGAAGAUUAUGCCGACAGUGACGAAGCGAGGAAGACCGGUUGGGGUUUCUUCACGUGGUUUAUCUUGAUUGCCUUUCUCGGUACCGCUGCCUACCUGAUAUUCGGCUCCUGGCUCAAUUACAACCGCUACGGUGCCCGAGGUUGGGACCUGCUGCCCCAUGGAGAUACUAUUCGGGAUCUUCCUUAUCUUGUGAAGGACUUCUCGAAAAAGGUCGUCGAUACGGUUUCUGGCGGUGGGUCGCGUGGCGGAUACAGUGCUGUAUGAUACUCUCCAGGCCGUGUCAAACAGGGAGCUUGGAUGGACUUUUGUAGAUUAUAUAAUGAAAAGAGCCUGGGUUUGCGUCUGGGAAAAUAGCGUGGGCGUAACAUCCACUUGAUACUUCUGGUACGUAAUGCGAGUACAUGUCUUGAUAAUACCUACAAUCCUGCCGGGUUCAGCUUGCUGCAUGCAGGUUACAGGCUCUGA